AUGACCACUGCAUCGUCACUAGCAUUUUCCAACAUGGAAGUCCCUGGCCUUGAUGACACGAUGGAGAUGGCUUCUCCCUAUCAGGGUCAUGCGGAUGAUUUUGACAUUGAUCUCGAUGUCAUGGAAGACCACGCCUCAAAUGCCGACAAGGACAUGACCGCAGCCGACGAUUACCCGGAUACAUUAGAGGAAGUUGAUAUCGACCAAGAUGGAGCGAGGGAUGCCGAUAUGAUGGAUGACAUCGCCGAACCGACUAUGGUCGACGCUGACAAUCAAUAUCAGGAGGCCAGUCACAAUGUAGAGAUGCAAUACGGUAUAGAAGAGACAUAUGAGGAAGAAAUGCUAGAAGAUGAAUAUGUCGAUGACGCCGAUGCUGCGGUCUCCGAAUAUCAGGAAGUCCAGGUGUCUGACAACACAGAUAAACCAGACACACAAGAAGCGGAAUCAGCUGAAAAUCUCGUCACUGGAGACUAUAGUCAGGAGCCUGCAGUAGGGACUCAUCCUGAAGCAGAAUUCGAGCACCAUGACGAAACCGGUCAUGAGUUGCAGGAAGCACCCGAUCAGCACAACGACAACGCCGAUCAACCCCUUGACGCGCAUCAGCCUGAAAGCGCCGGAGGAGACAUCACCAACAGCACUAACGAAACAGAUCAAGUAGAUUCCCAGUUAAGACCUCUUGAUGCCGGAAAGACUGGCCCGAAUUCAGAUCAUCAGGAGGGCGCUGGUGAUCAUAAUGAAGGCGGCGACGAGCACACCGGCCAGAUUCCGCAGCCUGUUGAGGAGCAUGGUGCAGCAGGAGAUGAAGGUACAGAGGAGCAAGCAGCACAGGAACUCAGCCUGCAAGGGCCUGAACAAGGAUCCGAGCAUGAGCCUGACACGAUGGGCCAGGUAACUCUGCAUCCUGUCAAGGUCUACUAUCAGGACAAUGAGAUUUCCCUAUUUCCUCCACACGAGGGUGAUUCUUCGGAGACCUUUUUUCUCGAAGACGAAAGGCUUGCUUACGAACCCCUCGGGAAACUUUUCGAGUCUUGUCGCGAGAUACUUUACGAACAUGUUGGGGAGAACGAAAUUCUGGUGCUAGACAUCGAGUCUUUGAAUUUACAGCUCAUAGAGGACUCCUCGCAUGUCUCGAAGGUGAACUUACACCAGAUUAUCGAUGUUUACCUGCGCCUCUGCCACAAUGACGGAAUCGAUUCCCCAGAGCCGCUAUAUCUUACUUUGAGUACGAAGUUAACUAUUCCAGCGGAAAUCUCAGACCUGCUACUAGCUGCAAGCGAAGGAAAGGGGCUGUCUGAGAUCAACUUGUGGGAUGAUUAUCAAGAAGUCGAUGAUGAACUUGGGGAGGGCUCCGAAGCUCAUGGCCAAGAAGAAGAUCCGGUGUCACCAGGCGACCCAACGAACAAUCAGAACAUUGAUGCUCGCCAAUUGCAGGUUGCAUCAGAUGAAGCUGAGUCUCACCAUGAUAUACAGGACAAUAGAGAGGCGCCUCAAGCCCAGGAGCUUGCAGGCGACGACACUUGUUCUUUGGUAAAGCAGAGCUCUAGCGUUGCUCCCGCUACCAAUGUCCAAGAGGACGAACUGAAUGAAGAGGGAGAGGUCGAAGAAGCCAAUGAUCCCGAGUUUGACAAGGAUACCACCGGCAACGAAGAGCCAGCUCUUGAAGAAUCAUACGAUUCUGAAGAGCAACAGACAGAUACAACUGUUACUAUGGCUCAUCUGCCUGGAGCCGAUAUGAACGACGAGGAGGAAGACAAAGAUGGCUCUGCCAGUCCAGUUCUUAAUGACCAGACAGAUCGUGGUCUUGAGCGUGAGCGUUCUGAGAUCGAUGACAGUGACGAGGAGGAAAAUCCCGAACGGAAAGAUCCUGUGGAGCUUGCAGUCACUGAGGGUUCGGGCGAUAGUGAUGACGAGAGACCCGACGGUGGUUCCGUUGACCCUGGCGUUGAAGACCAUCGCACGGAACACCUGUUGGUGGGCCAUGGUUUUUCUUCAAUCGACGAUGCAGUCGACAUUGUUGAAGAACAUGGUCACGAUCUUGAAGAGAGUUCAAGGGCUGAUGACGGCGACUAUCUGCACAAGGAUUCUGGGUCAGUUCCGAAUCCGCAGGUACCAGAGAAACAAGGACGUGAUACACCAGAUCCUGCAAACGAUGCGCUUGGUUACGUAGAAGAUCUAUUCAAGAGCCCUUCCAAAGAUUUGAAGAUCAAGGAUGGAACUGUCAACGACAUUAGUGAAUUUGGCAAGGAUCAUGAUGAGUUUGAAGACGAUACUCCAGCCGAAAUCUCCCACCAGCAUGAUGAAGAGCUGCCGCUCGAUGAUGAAGAGUACAUCGAUUUGGGACUUGCUGAUGGUCUCGAUACUGUCGACGAAAGGCCGGCGCCUGGCUCGAAAUCGCUCGAUAACGGAGCUUCGAAACGAUCCCGCGAGCCGGAAGACGAGUUUGAUCUCGCUGAGAAUCCCUCACCCGACCUCAAACGCUCUCGAUCUUCGUGA